CUUCUUUUCAAACUUGAAGAUAAUUUUGACUCCUUCCAUAGAUUUUUGAGAGAAAUUUUGCAAGUAAAAAUGCCAACUUUAACGAAGUUAUUCACAAUGGAAGAAGCUUCUGAGCACAACACUAAGGAUGAUUGUUGGGUCGUCAUUGACGGCAAGGUAUAUGAUGUUUCAUCUUAUUUAGACGAACAUCCAGGGGGAGAUGAUGUUCUACUUGGUGUUACAGGACAAGAUGCCACUGAUGAAUUCGAAGAUGCUGGACACAGCAAAAGCGCAAGAGAACUUAUGGAGAAAUUCUUCAUUGGGGAGCUUGAUACAACAUCCUCUUCCAUCCCUGAACUUGAGAUUGUCAAGAAGGCGGGCAAAGAUAUUCCUCAGAAGUUAAUGGAAGUUACUAAGCAAUAUUGGUUCGUUCCAGUAGCAGCCGUUGGCAUCUCUGUGGUGGUUGGCUUCUUGUACACACGCAAGAAGUAAAAUCAAUUCGAGAUUCCGUCUUUAAUGUUAGUAAUAUUGUGCAACAUAGACUGAAAAAAUUAUUCGUCAUAUCUUUGGAGGUCCAGGAAUUUGGGACAUGAUAUUACUGAAUGCCCAUUUUUGUUACUGUUUGAGAUGAAGGGAAUUUUUUAACACAAAAUGAUCACAAAUAGGCAUUUGAAUACACAGUUGCUAUCAUUUUUUAGUUGAUGAAGAUGACCUUUUUGAGGAUAUAUAAUAAAGCACUCAGAAA